AUAAUUAAAAAAUUAAAUUUAUUUAGAAAAAAAAAAAAAAAAAAAAAAAUGUAAAAAAGUUUACAUAAUAUCAAUUUAUAAAAAAGUGGAUAUAUAAAUAAUCCAAAAAAUAAUAUUUCGAGUUUAAAAAAUGGUGAUAAAUACAAAAUUAUAAAAGAAACAAUUUCUAAAGACGCAAAGCCUUUAGAUUUUUCAUUUAAAUAAAUAUCAGAUUUAUAAGAAUUAAAAACCACAGAACCACGUAACGGAAAAAGAAAACCAAUAGUAAUAUAAACAGUAGAAAUAAUAUAAGGAGAUAAAAAAUUAGGAGAUGAAGAUAGUAAAAAAGAUCAAGAAGAAAACGAAGAAAAAGAAAACGAGGAAAACGAAGAAGAAAAAGUAAACAGAGAAAGUAAAUCAAAGGAAAUAAAAGAAGAUAAGAAAAAAUCCGAUAGAAAAGAACCUGAAAUAAUAAGAGCAGUCACUUAAAAUAUUGCUGCAAAUAUAGUAUAGAAUUACCAUUUACCAUUAAACCCUGGAGUUGUUAAAGGAUAAAUAGAUCAUAAAGCAAUAGAAGAUGUAAGAAACACUUAAAAAAAACCUAUUAUUUCUUUAACUAUUCACGGUAAUCCUGUUGAAACAAUAACUGGUUUUAGAUAAUUUAUUAUUACUGUUAUUCCUUCGCUUAAGAAUUUAGACACAGCCCACGUUUCUAAAAAAGAGAGAGAUUAUUCGGAUUUUUCUAUUUUUAAAAUGAUGUCAAAUAUUCCUCCUCCUGUUAAAAAUCCUGCUUUGCCUCCCGAAGAGAAUGUUGGGAAUGACGUAAAAACUAAUUCUGCUUGA